AAUCUGCCUUGUGUGGAUUGUACACGGAAAUCCGGUAGAGAGAGGUAUCAUGGCUGGAAGAUCAACCAGAGGUAGGGGUGGAAAGACCCAUGCCUUCAUCCCUGAGCCCUUUGAUGGACACAAUCUAAAAGUGGACAAAUGGCUAUACCAAUUUGAUGUCAUUAGUGACCUCAACAACUGGGAUGAUUCCACUCAGAUAAAGUUCCUGACUGAGUCUCUCAAAGGAGAAGCCUUGGAUGUCUACACAAAACUUAGUCCCAAGGCCAAAGGUGACUGCCAGGCUGUGAAAGAUGCCCUGAUUGAAGCCUUCCAUUCUGGCACUGGGCAUAGGCAACCUCAUGGCCCUAAGGAGAUUGUAUUUGCCAAUAGUAUGGGCAAGGGAUAUUACCUCAAGGGGAAAAUUGAGGGUAUUCCUGUGAGGUUCCUAGUAGACUCUGGAGCCCAGGUGUCAGUGGUCCAUCCAGACUUGUGGGAGCAGGCUACUGAUGGAGACUUGGACACCCUCCGGCCCUUUGAAAAUGUAGUAAAAGUAGCCAAUGGCGCUGAGAUGAAGAUCUUGGGCAUCUGGGAUACCACAGUGACCCUGGGAAAGCUUGAAAUGGAGGCUGAAUUCUUGGUGGCCAAUGCAAGCACAGAAGAAGCCAUCAUCGGGACAGACGUACUCCAAGACCAUGGUGCCAUCUUGGAUUUCAAACACCGCACAUGUACCCUGAGAGGAAAGAAGUUCCGCCUUCUGCCUGUCGGAGGCUCCCUGGAAGAAGAGUUUGACCUGGAGCUCAUAGAAGAGAUCUCUGACAAUUGAACUUUCUCUUUACUUAAGCCUGGAAAUAUGGUCUGGGAGACUGUCAAGGAAGUGAGGGGCAGGUGGGAGGAGGAGGAUAGAAUACAUCCUCUGUAGAGGUUGUAAUCGACCAACCUUCUGGAACCAGUCUUCUCUUUCCUUCUUACAGAGCUCAGAUCUGUUCCUAUGGUUAUGGGGUGUGAGGGAAGGAGCAAAAGUUUCUGAUGAAUAAUGCACUGGUAAGGGACAAUAGGCCUGUAUGUCUUACAGAAGUGGAUGGCUUCUAAAUGGAUGGAUUCCUUCUAUUGUCAUCUUAUUCUCUCUUGCAAAGAUUUAACAACUAGAAAGCUGCAUCUAACAGAGGGUUAGUAAUCCAUUCUUUGUAAGAGGGACUUUAGUCCCCAAUCCCAUCCACUAGAGAUAGUUACACUAAGCUUUCAGGGAUCCAUACUGAGAGUCUCUGCUAAAAUAUCCAUUAACUACAGAUAUUUCAGAAGCCUCUCAAUGUUGGUUCCAUAGGGAGUCCCCAAACUAUCUGUAGAUUAUCUUUUUUUCUUUUUUACUUCUAUUGUCUGUUCUGCAUGGCCUAUUUCUGUCACUUACUUGAAAACUUUGGAACCUUGCACCAAUGAUUAGACUAUUUCUAAAACCAAUAAAUACUAAUUUGGCCCAAUUA